AUGAUCGAAGUACCUUCCUCGAUGAAAAAUGUGGCUGAAUCUUUGUCAACCCAACUAGAGAUGGAAAAAUUGGAACGACGACAGUGCUCUCUGAAGGUACUUUCAAACGUAAGGUUUCUAGCACGGCAAGGUCUGCCUUUAAGAGGGCAUGGAGAUCAUGAGAGCGACUCAAAUUUUCUACAGCUUAUGAAGCUAAGGGGUGAGGAUGACUCCAGAGUCUUAGGUUGGUUGGAGAGGAAAAAUGACAAGUACACCGCCCCUGAUAUGGAAAAUAAGAUACUUAAGACCAUGGCUCUUCUGGUUCUUCGUCGUGUGAUCCAAUCAAUUUCUUCUGCUCCAUUUCUGACCAUGAUGAUUGAUAAGACAACUGAUAUCGCAAACAAGGAGCAGGUUGUUGUCUGCUUUAGAUGGGUAGACAGCAGUCUAGAGCCCCACGAAGAGUUCAUUGGCCUUUACGAGAGGAUGAAGGUGUCUAUCACUACGCUCAGAGGUCAGUGCUAUGACGGGGCCUCAUCCAUGUCAGGAUCACAAAGAGGAGUAGCCAUUCAACUUCAAAAAGAAGAACCUAGAGCUGUAUAUACACAUUGCUAUGGGCAUGCUCUGAACCUUGCAUGCAGUGAUGCUGUCAAGAACUGCAAGAUUAUGAGAGAUGCACUGAAUACUAGUUACGAGUUGAUCAAGCUUGUCAAGAAGUCACCUCGUCGUGAUGCAACACUGCAAAAGCUGAAGGAACAGAUGCCAGAUGGUAGCCCUGGCAUUCGUGUGCUCUGUCCUACAAGAUGGACUGUCAGAGCCCAAGCAUUACAGAGCAUCCUUGCCAACUAUGUAGUGUUACAAGUGCUUUGGGAAGAGUCACUGGAUUUCGUAAAGGACGCCGAAAUGAGAAGCCGAAUUCAGGGGGUAUCAAGUUGCAUGAAGUCGUUCAAUUUUUUCUUUGGAGUAUCACUGGGAGAGUUGCUGCUUAGACACAGCGACAAUCUAAGCAAAACCCUUCAAGCAUCUAGUAUGUCAGCAGCAGAAGAACAAAAAACAGCUGAUAUGACUGUCCGCACAUUGCAGUCGAUACGCACUGAUGAGAACUUUUUACUCUUUUGGAAAUCAACCAGUCAGAAGGCAAGUAAGCUUGGCAUCAGCGAGUCAACACUUCCUAGACAGAGAAAACGGCCCAGAAGGUAUGAAGAUGGAGCAAGCGAAGGUGAUGUUCCUGAGAGUGUGGAAAAUUUUUAUAAGCGUAUCUACUAUGAAGCUCUUGAUUUAAUCAUAUGUGGUAUCAAGCAACGCUUCGACCAACCAGGAUACAAGCUGUAUUCUAACCUUGAAGCUCUUCUGGUGAGAGCUGCCAAAAAGGAGAACUACGAUGGAGAAUUUCAGUUUGUAAUCGAUUUCUACAAGGAUGACUUCGAUCACGACCAUUUGAACAUGCAGCUUGGAGUUCUGUCAAGCAAUAUUCCAAGUGAAUUAGCUCAGGAUCUCAAUUCGGUCAUCAGCUACCUACAACAACUUUCUCCGGCUCAGAGGUUAUUGUUAUCAGAAUGGCAGUUGAUGGAGAUAUUCGCAGCUCACGGACUUGAGAAAUCUGGCCAGUCACCACCUCCCAUAGAAUAA